UGUUGUUCUUCUGGCCCUGCCUGCGCGAAAAAGCUCGAACAGUCACAUCGAUCUUCAGAAUGGCGAUUCCACCGCUGAAAAUCGCGCACCGGAUUCGUCCGAAGUCUAUGAAGUUGAGAUGCAUUCAAGAAGCUCCUGGUCGAGUCGAGAAGCUCCGCGUGAUGCUCGGAGGUCUAAUCCGACACGAACGGAUUGAACUCAAUAGCCAUCGUGCCGCUGAAACUCGCGAUUACGCAGAAAGGCUCAUCCAAGACGCAGUCCUAUAUGGUCCCCACCACAAGCGAUCGAUGGAGAUGGCCAGUUUCUGGCUCAAGGAGAAAGAGCUGGUCCACAAGCUGUUCAAAGUUAUCGCCCCAAGACUCGAGAACGAAACUCGUGGUUUCACGAAGAUAUGGGUCCUGGCCGAUCCGGAGAAAACGAGUUAUGAACCGGGAGGUCUUCCUGGUGUCCACUAUAAGAACGAUUGGGUUGCCUUAGAGAUCAAGAAUAACCCGCUACCCCCUAUACGACCUAAUCCGACCCCUCAUAGGAGCUUGUACAUCCCGAAUCUUCUUCUUGCGGCCGCAGCGGCAAGCAUUGCAUAGCUUCUAGUAGACGAAUAAAAUCGAAUGAGUUUCUAUUCUCGU